UGUGCGUAGGGUAGGAGGUGGAGCUUUGUAGAAACGGCUCGCCGGCGUACGGCUGGUAACUCGCUCGGUAACUUAAUGAUUAACCCAAGAUAACAUCAACGAAGACGCGUCGACGUUUAAAUUAGGGGGUGUUGCUCAGCAGUCGAGGAAAGAGUCCGAAGAUGGCAGCAAACAAGAAUAAGGGCCAAAGCUCCCUGGCUUUGCACAAGGUCAUCAUGGUGGGCAGUGGUGGAGUGGGCAAGUCGGCGCUCACGCUGCAGUUUAUGUACGACGAGUUUGUGGAGGAUUAUGAGCCCACCAAAGCAGACAGCUACAGGAAGAAGGUGGUCCUGGAUGGGGAGGAAGCGCAAAUCGACAUCCUGGACACGGCCGGCCAGGAGGACUACGCUGCCAUCCGCGAUAACUACUUCCGCAGUGGAGAGGGCUUCCUGCUGGUAUUCUCCAUCACUGAACAGGAGUCUUUUGCUGCCACGGCUGAGUUUAGAGAGCAGAUCUUGCGAGUGAAGGCCGAAGAGGACAAAAUCCCUCUCCUGCUGGUGGGCAAUAAGUCCGACCUGGAGGACCGGCGGCAGGUGACGGCAGACGAAGCUCACAGCAAGGCGGAGAGCUGGGGCGUGCAGUACGUGGAGACGUCCGCCAAGACGCGUGCCAACGUGGAUAAGGUGUUCUUUGACCUCAUGCGGGAGGUGCGAGCAAAAAAGAUUUCUGAAAACAAGGACAAAAAUGGAAAGAAGAGUGGCAAGAACAAGAAGAGUUUCAAGGAGAGAUGUUGUUUACUGUGAUCUUACUACGGGACCAUGCAAUACCAAACAAUCACCACUGAAAGCUCACAAUCAGGGCUCCUAACCUGUAUAUUUUAAGUAAUAUUUUUAAGAAUUUAUUCAUUAAGGGAAUCUUUUUAUUGGUCAUGUAAUCCAUUGUUGAGAGCUUUAUCGAAAGGCAUUAAACAUUUUAGAUGGUAAAAAUCUGAAUCAACACUAAUCUUACCUAUUUCACUUUAUAAUUUAGCUUUUGCAGUACCCUGAGUAUGAAACAGGGUCAGUUUGUGGGCAAAAUCCCCACCCCCCCUUAAUAGAGAUCAAAGUAGGUGCAUUUUGCACCUUUUAACUUUCAUUUUAACAGUGAAACCAGACCUUGUCCCUCCUCCCAUCAUCUUGCUCUCUCAGAUGUGGACCAUUUUGUUCAUCCUGCUUGUCAGGGUGCAGUUUUCAUGCCUUCCCUUUCAGUGAGUAAUUUUAUUCAACUUGAAUGUGUUGGUAGCAUCAGCUUAAGUGCGCAGAAAGUGUGCGCGCACAGACGGCCUUCGGGAGACAUGGCAACUGCUGUGAUGACCCAUGAUAUGAUACUCUGGCCAGGGGACAGUUGGCAGUGUCACCUGUCGGGAUACUGAGAGCAAACCGUGUCCUAGCGGUAGAAAUACAACUAAACUUUUAUAGCAGUGUCAGUUACUGUGGGUAAAAACAUCAGCUAAAGGCCAAAUUAAUGGUAGGUGUUACUCAUUUUCAGUGUAUAAAACUACUGAAUUGGAGGCCAUGGCGUUUUACCCUGUUUUACCCUCCCCUGAGCUCUAGGGCAGCUCCUCCAAAGCCUUAAGUUUAGAUAGUCAGAGGUUAAGAUUUCCUAAGCAGGAAGCAUAGCGCAGUGUUGAAAUGAGUGCUCUUUAUGUAAGAGUUAGGGGUAAGUCAUAAUUUUGACUAACUGCUUAAAGGGGAAAUGGUAGCUGACAGCUGAGCAUGAAAUCCAUAGAAGAAAGACAAGAGAGCUGCUGCUACUCGUUCAAAGGUGAGAACAUUGAGGGAGGAGGCAAAAGUAUACUGUCUAUGCAAAUAUACACGAGUAAAAGUAUAGAACUAUCACUGCCAAAGUAUUGCUUUGAAAAGUACACUUCCUGCAGUAGCUUGUGUACCAACAAGCCCUAGUUCGUUCCUGUGCUUCACUUCAGCUCCUGGAGGACAGGCUCAGGCGCAGCAGCGCUGGGUUCGGCUUCACUCGCCCACUCAAACGCCACCUGCUCGUCGCUGUGGGCCUCUGCUUCAGUUACUACUGCUGGUGCUGUUGCGGUGAACUUUUAACGCAAGAUGCGACAAAGCAAAACUAUUAGUUGCCGCAGCUGUAGCUCUGUUACACAACUCAAAUUAUACGAGGGCUCGGCGCUGCUGCUCUUGGAAGUAGGAAAAACAAGCUGCCGUUCGUCUUCGCAAGCAGCCCUGCAACCGUUUGCGUGGCGGGUUACCACCUUCCUCCUCAAAUUGAGCAUGAUUUCAGCCAUGUGAAUACAUGUGGCCUUAUCCUAUGCAAAUUAAACUUAAUUUUUAUCUGGACCUCUGCCUUUGUCACUUUAUUUGCUGUGCUUUUCGACUGUUCAUGUAGCGAAAUCCUCCUAUAAGCGCAGCAGCAGCACAGCAAGUGGUUUUUCAACAACCGCAACUGUUGCUCAAACGUCCUCAUUGUACCGCAGUGCUUGACCUUCUCAGUCGACUACAGCUACAUUGAUGAAAGUACAGUUCCGGUGUCAUUUUGAACAGCUCUUGUUCUAGUUUUUUCUAGAAAUGUUAAUUCACAAUCAAAUCAGGUUACAACUUGUACAAAGAAGUGGAAAUCUGGCAGUAUUAACUUUUUUUUUUUUUUACUUUUCCAACCCAUUUACCCUUUGCUCCCACAGUAAUAGCCAUUAUACUUGCGUUGAAUUAAACAUUCAGUGGAGAAAUUACUUUUGUCAUCUUCAGAAUUUUACACAGCUGAUACACUGCAUUUUUUUUAUAUGACCAAAAGGAAAAAGCUUAAUCUUCCAAGGGAAGAGGUGAGCUUUGAGCUGUCAUUAAUCCAUUUCAUUCUGACAAUUCAGUGUGUCCUCAAUGUUUUUGUGUUCAUUUUAUACUUAAGAUCAUUAAGUGAGGGAUGCUUAACUUAGCAAGUCGUUACUUUGGUGACUCUUCUCUAGCAAUUUCAUACCCUUUAAAGCGCAGAUGAGG